AUAGGAAAUUUUGGCAGCACCAAAUGCUUUGCUCUUAAUACGCGGCCUCCAUUCGCUAGCUCGUGAUGUCACUCGUCAGCUGACUCCCUGGGUAGUUCCAGUAACUCCACUGCGCCAGUCUCUCACUCAGAUCAACAUUCAACAAGCAACAGCUAAGGGUGGUAGACAUGGUACGAAUAUAUUCAUGUUAAAUCUUUAUUUUUGAAACAGCAACACAAAAAAACUAAAUCAGAGGGACGCCGCUCCAAGACACACUUUCCAGCGCUGUCAGGUUUAUAUGACUUGCUUCAACUCCGGUUUUGUGACUUUAGACUGAGUGAGUAGAAGCUUAUGAAGUGACGAAGUUUUCUUUGACUGCGCUGUGUCCUUUCCUAUGUCUAUGUGAGACUCAGAGUUGAUUUACUUGCUUGUAUUAUGGCAGAAGCUCCGCAGCAACAGGUCGUUGAGAUCGACCCGGAUUUCGAGCCGCUCUCCCGACCCAGGUCUUGCACCUGGCCCCUUCCCAGACCUGAAUUUAUUAACCCUGCCAACUCCAAUACUUCUUCUCCGGCUCCUUCUGUCAAACAAGAACCGGGCACCAAUGUCGAUUUUAUCAGCAACCUCAGCUUGCUGGAAGAAAACGAAGACUUCCCCGAGCAGAAGCCGCUAGUCUUGUGCAAUGAUUUUCAGUGCCAGGAGAACUGCAUCCACCAACAGCAACAUCAGCACCCCAGCCAGCAGCUCCCGCAUCAACAACAGGUAGUCCCUUGCUCUUCUGCCUUGUCCCCGGCCGGCUCAUCCUCUUCGGUAGCAGCCCAGAGGAAGAGCAGUUCCUCCCGCAGGAAUGCCUGGGGAAAUCUGUCCUACGCGGACUUGAUCACCAAGGCCAUCGAAAGCUCUCCGGAGAAGAGGCUCACCUUAUCACAGGUGUAUGAUUGGAUGGUCAAGAGCGUACCUUACUUCAAGGACAAAGGGGACAGCAACAGCUCUGCUGGAUGGAAAAAUUCCAUCCGGCACAACCUGUCUCUGCACAGCCGCUUUAUCCGGGUCCAGAAUGAGGGCACUGGAAAGAGCUCCUGGUGGAUGCUAAACCCAGAGGGGGGCAAGAGUGGCAAGUCUCCGCGGAGGAGGGCCGCCUCCAUGGAUAACAACAGCAAGUUUGCCAAGAGCCGCGGGCGAGCAGCCAAGAAAAAGGUGGCUCACCAGGCUGGGCAGGAUGGGGGUGCCGACAGCCCUGGCUCCCAGUACUCCAAGUGGCCAGGGAGCCCCAACUCCCACAGCAACGAUGACUUUGACACCUGGACCACUUUCAGACCCCGCACCAGCUCCAAUGCCAGCACACUCAGCGGCCGUCUCUCGCCCUUCAUGCCCGAGCAGGAUGACUUAGGGGACCCCGAUGUCCACUCGUUGGUCUACUCCACCGCCUCCAGCAAGAUGACCUCCACGCUGCCAAGCCUCUCGGAGAUGGCCGGUUCCAUGAGCCACCACAACCCAGAGAACAUCAUGGAGGACCUCCUGGACAAUCUGAACCUCCUUUCUCCCAAAUCCUCACAAGUGUCGUCCAGUUCCACCCAAUCCUCUCCCUCCUCCAUGAUGCAGCCGAGCCCUGGCUAUCCCUCUUACUCCUCCCCCAACACUGCCAGCCUGGGUGCACAGCCCCAGGAUUACAGGAAAUGCCUGUAUAGCCAGAGCGGCAUGAAUUCACUGCCACCCAUGCCUAUGCAAUCACUGCAAGAAAACAAGCCGGUCUAUGGAGCUGCCAUGGGCCAGUACGGUUGCCCUACUGGGCUCCUCAAAGAGCUACUGACGUCCGACUCGGACCCUCACAAUGACAUUAUGCCUUCAGUAGACGCUGUGGUGUCCCAAUCCAGCAGCAGAGGGGGGCCUGGCCCCAAUGUCAUGAUGCCUACCAACUCCGCAAUGCCCUCCUACGCUCCCCAGCAGCCCCACAACAAGAUGAUGAGCCCUGGCGGCACUCACCCACAUGUGGUGCACAACCAGCCGUUGUCUGUCAUGAACGGCCGUGCCUUAUCACACCCCAUGACCAUGGCUCACAGUGUUGGGAUGAGCCGCCUAUCCACGGUAAAGACUCCCAUGCAAGUGCCUCACAACCUGCCCCUGCACAUGAAUAUGAUGCACCCCUACAACGUUCUCAACAGUAGCAAUGGCUACGGCAGGAUGGGCCUGAUCGCAGCACACCAGGAGAAGCUGCCUAGUGACUUGGAUGGCAUGUCGAUCGAGCGCCUUGAGUGCGACAUGGAGUCCGUCCUUCACGACACCUUGAUGGACGGAGACUCUUUAGACUUUAACUUUGACCCCAUGGUGCCCAACCAAGGUUUUUCACAUAGUGUAAAGACAACGACCCACAGCUGGGUAUCAGGAUAAAUUAUGCCAGGUCCUGCUAAAACACCUCAGACUGGAUCUACAUCAGGAAUGAGGAAAAAGCAGUCCAAAGAGUCUCUUGCUUCUCUGGCAAAAAAUAAAUAAAAAAUGUUCAGACUUGGCAGCAGUGAACUUUUUCCUGUACAGGAUGUUUGCCCAGUAUGUGCAGGUUAUGUGCUGCUUCAGAUAAGGCCUCUGCCUUUGGAAAUUGUAUAGCAACCAAGUGCCAAACUCACUACACAAUGUUAUAGCUGAGUUUAUUUAAAUGAUGUUGUUUUCAGCAUUAUAAAUGGCCGAUAUGUACACUUGAUGUGCCUAUUAAAGUUAGCAUUCUCAAUUUAAGCUAUGACAACAUAAAAUAUGUUUUUAUGAACUUAUUUUUUACCAGUGAACAGCUGCAACCACAGUUUUUUUUCUGUAAUGUGUCCCGUCCUGUCGUCCCCCUCCCCCUUUGAAUCAACAUUGGAAAUAUCAUUAACUGCAAUUUAGAAAUGUCUUAGUCUAUUUAUACAACACCAACAUACACAAACAUAUUGCCUACCUUAUAUCGCUAAUAACAUUGAAAAAUCACAUCUAUAUCUGGGUUUGGGGUGCCAAUAAAUUAGGCUUGGGAAAACACCAACGAGUCCUAAGUACAUGGGGAUUUGCUGACUCCCCAGUCCAGUUUUGAAACUAAAUCCACUUUCUUGAAAUUCAUUGAGGUGUACUAUAACAGAAGGUUGUUUUUCUAUAUAUAUAUAUAUAUAUAUAUAUAUAUAUAUAUAUAUAUAUAUAUAUAUAUAUAUAUAUAUAUGUACAGCAAGUUUACAGAAUCAGCACAGCAAUAUUAUUUUGGUUGUUUUAACUGGAUUUUACUGGCUUUAUUAUGUUUUAUUUUGGGGGGGGGGGGGUGAGGACUUGGUUUGCACAUUUCAGGUGCUACUUAGUCAGGCCGUUCAAUAGCUUUUUGUGUUUUUUUGUAAAUAAAUUCAAAAGAAAAAAAAAAAACGAGUUAUCUAAAAUUAUACUCAAUAGCAUAAAUGUAUGUUUUAAAGCUGUACAACUGCAUUGCAUUUUGCAUUUCAUGUUCAAAUAACCUCUUUAGUAAUCCAUCUUCUAGCAUUCUCAGCAAUUUCUACAAGCUUGUCUUUGUAAUGAUUUUAUUUAGAAAGUUUUAAAGAAAAAAGGGGUUAACAACUAUAUCUACAAAAAUGAUAUGUCUAGUUGCUUCUACAGCUCAUAUAGCACCAUAAAAUUCGAGGCCCUAUGUUUUUGCAAGGUGUUCUUAUAUCGAGUUUGCAGACUGACCUAAAGUUGCGUCAUGUGUUUUCAAAGAGCUUCAUUCAAGCAUGGUUAAGUACCAAAAAGUGUUAAGUAACCCCUCAUAGAAGCUUGUAUAGUGCAUUUUAUAUUACUUAAGAACGCAUAAUGUUUAUAUGUAUAAUAUACUGUAUAUGAAGAGAAUAAGCAAAUUAAGAAAACUCAGUAACAUUUAUUCAUAACUAUCAAAAGUAAAGGACAUUUUGUGAUUACAAAUUUGUGUAGCUGUAAUCUUAGUGAACAUAUCCAUCCCUGACUCUUUAAUUAACUAUGAGGAUAUAAACGCAAAUGGUGCCAUGUUGUUUUUUUUUUUGGUUAGCAAAAAUAAUUUGUUCUCAAUCCAGUGCAUUCAUGUGGCGCCACAAGGAAAUCUGAAGCAUUUACUGGCGAAGAAACUUAAAAUAGCAAUACAAUUCUGUGGUUGAAUAGUUAUCACGGGCUGAUGACUUUUUGUGACAGUUUAAUUGUUUUAAACUAAUCUGUUAAACGUUUACUCCAAGCAAGUGGAAUAUACUGUACUGUGCUAGUGCAAUUAAAAAUAAAAUCCACUUAACAGUUAUUUCUGCAACAAAAAAAGAUUCAGCACCAACAUUUAAAAAUGGGUCAUUUUUCCUACAUUAAUAAAACUGAAUGUUUUAAGAUGCUUUCGUAUGAGAAUGUGCAAAUGAUCUUACCUAUGCAGUCUUGUACUUUUAUUAUUGUUUUUGGUUUGUACUUAUUAAAGAAGUAUAUUGUAUUAUAGAGCUGUUGAGAUAUUUUAAGUAACAGAUGUAUUGUUUCAGAUAGCUAUAUGAGAAAUGAAGUAUAUUUAGUUAAUAGAUAUAAUGAUUUAAAUGCUCUGCAUUUUGGUAAACUGACACUGUUAUUCUUAUAUUUAGCUGACGUUUAUAAGAAAAUAUAUAUAUAUGCUUAAUGUUUUAAAAAGGCUGAGAAGUCAGCUGGGCAUCCCUAGAAAGAGGGAGGGGUUUAUCAUUGGACCAAUUUUUAUAAAGAUGAAUGAAUAAAUAAAUUAAAAAAACACUUCUUUAAAUACAUUUUUUAAUCAAUACUAUUCACGGAUUGAAACGUUACUUAUAUUGACCGUUAUUAUAAAACUGUUACAUUUCUUAACUUAUAUAAAUAAUUUAAAUAGAGUUUCUAUGAUGUGAUUUGCAAUCUGUGAAAAAAAAAAAAAAAAAAACUUUUGCAAUGUGGUUUAUAAAAAAAAAAAAAAAAAAAAAACUGAAAAAAUGAGAGGCCCUUCCUUUGCCGGAUGCUCCGCAGACCAGCAAUAUGGCUGCAAUUGCUGUGUAAAUAUUACUUGUUGUAAUAUUCUGGGCUGUCUUGCACAAACCAGACAUCUCAACACCUUCACUGCUUCACUAACGGUGACUGAAAAAUGCAGUACUUGGAUACUUCUCUCCAUGCAAGUGCCUGGUGAUAUUGUACUAUAAAUUGACAAGAACAAUCUUUGCAGUCACUGUACGAAGCCAUAUGUGUACAUAAAUGAUGUUACAGAAA